CUGUUGCUUACAUGGGGCCUUCCGUCCUGAAAAACCGUGGUGACAAAGUUCCAACUGAUCCCACAGAGAGUGAUGCCAGUGACGAAUCCACGGAGUUGCUCUGUCGCAUAUGCUUCAGCGAUGGGGAGACUAAAGGCAACGAGCUGAUUGCCCCUUGUAUGUGCAAAGGUUCACAGAAGUAUGUACAUGUAUCGUGUCUGCGACGGUGGCAGCGUGCAACACAGGCUCUAGGACCGGGUGAUUUCAUGAGUGAUAAAGCAACGACAUGCAGCGUGUGCCAAGGUAGAUUCGCUCUGAGUCCUCCUGAGCGACCGCUGUGGGAGAGACUAUGGGCGUUAGCGAAGGACCUCAUGUUGACGUUGUUCACGAUUACCUUUGCGAUAUUCUUGAAUCGGUCAUUGAUCUUCGUCGGAGUUAUGGCUGUGAUGCUGGUGCUCGCCUACAGAUGCCCUAUACUUUGUGCAUUGAUGGCAAUCGGUCUGUGUGCCUCACUGCACUCCUUCGGCAUUAGACCAGUCAUCACGCAUGACGAUGAGGGCGGCUUCCGAGUAGCCCUUAUACGUCACGGAGCACCGGUGCCCAACUUCCACAAGGGGGCCUUGCUGGUUGCAAACGACAACAUGAUCGGACCGGGAUCGAUCUUCUACCGGAGUGUCGCCCUUGUAUUGGAGCACGACCACAUGGGGUCUCUAGCAUUGAUUCUCAACAAGCCUGUGGCGAGGUCUCCGAUCGCCGACUACCGCGAUGCCGCAGAGGGCCCCCCUGUGGAGCUUCUGACAGUAAGAGGGGGACCAGUUCGGAUCAACGAGGAACGACGGAUCAUGCACCAGGCCCGCGGUGUUGUGGGUGCUCGGGUGCUCCUCUCGCAAGACCGUGAGGAUUCUGUCUAUCUCGGCGGGGACUUGACCGCAGUACUAGCAGGGAUUGCCCAGCAGGACCGUGGGGCAGGAGAUGAGAGAGCCCAUGCGAUAAUAUUCGACGGCUGUGCACGAUGGGCUCCUGGUCAGCUGUACGGCGAGCUUAGGGCUGGGUCAUGGAGAUGGAUCAACCCACCAUGGCCGGAAGAGAUUCUCUUGAGCGCUUUUGAUCAACAUGGUGCGGGAGUUGACAACGGGGAAGCCAUGUAUCACAUGAUCAUGAACGACUAUGGAGAACAGCUUAUAGGCUUACACUUGUAACUACUAUGAAGCCUUCUGAUUGUAAUUGUUAUAUCAUUAAUUCUCAUUGUGUCAACAGUCUGGGUUUAUCAUAACAACCCGGUUGAUUUCUCUUCAAAGGCAAUCGCGAAUUGCCACUUUC